UCACUGACGAGGAAAAGAAAGAUUUCAAAAUUGAGUCGAAGGAUAGAAACUCGCCGUCAGGCAUGGUGUGUGAGAAGGGGAUCCAGAUCCUCCUCACCACCGUGGGGGCAUUCGCUGCCUUCGGCCUGAUGACGGUGGCAAUAGGGACGGACUACUGGCUGUACUCCCGUGCCCUCAUCUGCAACAGCACAGCCAACGUUACCCAGGAUGACCCCCAUAACAAGGACAAGAAGGAUCCCGGGGCGCUCACCCACUCUGGACUGUGGAGGAUAUGCUGCCUGGAAGGAGUAAAGAGAGGAGUGUGUUCUCAGAUCAACCACUUCCCAGAAGAUGCAGACUUUGACCAUGACGGGGCAGAAUACGUCCUACGGGUAGUCAGGGCUUCCAACAUCUUCCCGAUCCUCAGUGCCAUCCUGCUCCUGAUGGGAGGGGUUUGUAUCGCUGCUAGUCGUUUCUAUAAGAGCAAAAGGAACAUCAUCCUUGGAGCAGGAAUUCUCUUUGUGGCUGCAGGUCUAAGUAAUAUAAUUGGUGUGAUCGUGUACAUCUCGGCCGCACUUGGGGACAUCUCUCCUAAGAAGGACGAGGAUAAGAAAUGGCAGUACUCCUAUGGUUGGUCCUUUUACUUUGGAGGCCUGUCCUUCAUCAUGGCCGAGAUGGUGGGGGUACUGGCUGUCAACAUUUACAUCGAGAAAAACAAGGAGCUGCGCUGUCGCUCGCGCACCGACAUUUUCAAGAGCACCACACAUGCCAUGCUCCGCCUGCCUAGCUACCGCUUCCGCCGCCGCUCCCGCUCUUCUUCCCGCUCCACUGACCCCUCCCGCUCCCGAGACCCCUCGCCCGUAGGAGGAGGCGGGGGAAAGAACUUCGGCCUUCCUCCCUCUGCGCUGCUUUCCCAGGGCCCCAUUUCAGUAUCCACUUUACCGAACCCCCACUCUCGCUCGCACACGGCCCUGGCUGGAGGUGACAUCUCUCUCUACACGUUGUCCCGUGACCCCAAACUGGGGGGUUUGCCGCCCAUGUAUGGAACGGUGGACAGGGCCACGCUCUACCAGCUCCACAACUGCUUCCCAAAGGAUGGAGGGGGAGGGGGGGUGAUGAUGAGUGGUACACUUCCCUCGCUUAAGUCCCACAACCCUUCAAAUUCUUCCAACUCCAAUGCACCAAUGCCCAACUCGGUGGGCUCUGGCCCUCCGCCCUUCACCUCGUCCACAGUAGACAGGGAGCGAGGGAUGGGGACACUGGACAGGCUGAAGGGAGACAGGGAGAGCAACUCUAACACGCUCAAUAGGAAGACAACGCCUGUGUAGAGCGAGGGUGUAUGACGGGUAGGCGAGAAGGAAGGGAGAGGAUGGGUAGUAAUGAAAAAAGAAAGAUAGAGAGGAGCACUGCGGCUCAACAGGAAAUAGAAAGACAGAUGAAGCGCUAAAUCUCUCCCUCCAUGUUCACUGUUAUUUAGUCUGCUCAAUCUCACUGAGAACAAAAAGAAGAUUAGUAAUAACAGAGUGAUAAUAACAACAACAAUGAACUCUCACAAUAAAACUAUUUUGAUAUUUUAACGUGCUAGAAAUGAUUUAUUUUGUUAAUGAUCAAACGCAAUUAAC